AUGCCUGGCACCAUUCGUGAAAUUUCGGAAUCCCUCUCAUCUACCAAUGAACCACCUCAAUUCCCUCAACUCACUGAACAACAUGUACUCAAUUGUACCUUUUCUGCCUGGUAUGACACCUUUCGAAGGGUCACUCUAAAAUCCCAAAUAAUUAAACCACUGCCAGCCGAAUUUGUCGAGUAUCUUCAGGCCGAUAGUGUCUAUCUUCCCGAAUACAAUUCUCUUGGGAGAGGCUACAUACGAGAGGAACCUCUCCCUAGUUUUCCUGAACUUGAAAAUCAAAUAUGGGAUAUAAUUAAUAAAUUUGACGGAGCAGUAUUUCCAAAGUUGAAUUGGAGUUCGCCUAAGGAUGCUACUUGGAUAGCCGCCACGAAUACUCUAAAAUGCAAUUCUCCAUCAGAUAUCUUUCUCCUCCUGAAAGGCUCCGACUUUAUUGCACAUGACCUUGAUCACGCUUUCGAUAAUUGUCAGUAUGAAAGUGACGAGGCGGCCAGACGAAAACAUCCCGAAGCGUACGAAUUAGUACUACGAAAAUGGUAUGAUGUCGCAACGUCGAUGGAAUUUCGAUGUUUUGUCAAAAGCAAUGAAUUGAUAGGAAUUUCACAGCGCGAUGUCAAUUUUUAUCCCUUUCUCUUUGACAUUAAGGAGGAGUUGCAAUCAAAGAUAACACAAUUCUUCAUUUUGAAUAUUCAACAUAAAUUCGCAAAUAAUGAUUACGUUUUCGAUGUGUACAUCACGCGAAAUCGAGAACGUGUGUGGCUCAUUGAUUUUAAUCUAUUUAAUCACACAACUGAUAGUCUACUCUAUAGCUGGGAUGAAAUAGUGAGAGGUAUGCCGAUCAAUCAAUCAAUUUCUCGUAGUAACUUAACAUUGAAAGCCAUAUUAGUAGUGUUUAUUAAUCAUAUUGAACACAAAGUAGCCAUGACACAACUUGAUAUGCGGCUGAUUGGAACACAAGCUGAAGCCAGUCAAUCCCGAAAUCAGCCAUUUUCUGUAAAUCGUUAUCCUCGCGAGAUGUUCGAUUUUUCUCAAGGGCAGACUGUUGCUGAGUUUGCCGAGAGAUUUCAGCGCGAAUUAGUUUUGGCUGAGAAUAAUGAAUCAGAUCAGGAGUCAACGGAAUAUGUGAACUCUUAA